CGUAGAGAGAGAAGACUUAAGGUGGAUGUGUAGGGAGUGUUUCCUGUUAGUCUCGUAAUAACAAAAGUAACGGCUAUGAGAGAAAACUUAAUAUUUUCGAUGUGUGCUUUUGGAGGAUAUGGCUGGAUUGCAGCUCAAAGAGUACUGUUAACCUGCAAGCUGUUGAGCUUAUGGAAUUGGUUUCAAGCAGUUCCUCUUGUUGUUUCAGGUGGUUUUUUAUUGUUUAGUUUGUUGUCUCUUUAAGUCUAGCAUUACGGCAUAAGUGGGAGAAGUAAAAAUGACCUUUGUGUAUACAACAGCGAAGCGUGCUGUACACCAAGUGUUCUGAAGGUUGCAGGCUCUUUCACCAUAGUUAAUAGGGGAAUAGACUAUCUAGCUAUUACAUCAAUAUUUUUUUUCCUUGACUUGAGAGCAUUUGAAAAUAGGUAGGAGACAAAGGAUUGGGGUGAGUGUUUGUUAACUGCAUGCAAAAUGAUACAGGAAAAGGAGGAGAAACCUUUUUUGAAAGGUGGGACUGCUGUGAUGCACUGUAAGAAGAACACCACCGCCCCUGCAGAUGUGGCUCGUUCUGUUUACCAGGAAGGUGUGUGAGAUUGCCUCGAUUUAGAAGCAGCUCGGGCACAGUGCUGUGUACCAGCCCAUGUGAAGGCAAGACCAGUGAAAGUUGGUGUGUUACCUUAACCUGCUUUUGCUUUGGUGCAGUAGGAGGUUUUUAACUUGGUUCCAUGCCGCACAAAUGCAUCUGUGUUGUUUGAGGAGCUUAAUUGCCUUCAGAGCGUUUGAUUUCUGUCUUGGCCACCUGAGACAAGUACCUGGGAUGAGUUCAGGGAUGCUGUUCAUCUUUGUGUAGAACCUUCCUUGCUGACUAAUUUUUCCUUAGUAAGUGGCACGUUACAGUACCUGCUUUUUUUCUCUUGGAACAUGUGCCAAAUGGUUCAGCUGAUCAUCUAAUAAUACUUUUUGUUUGUCUUAGAACUGCAAAAAAAGAUUCACGCAGGACCAAGCAGGAAGAAACAAAAAAGAAACAAGUAAGGAGGAGGCAGCCGCUGAUGAGCAAGCCUGUGGAUGACGUAUACUUGACGUGGUAUUAUGAGCGGCCAUCCUACGAUGUGGAACAGGCUGUGGGUAUGCUAAAGAAAUUUCAGGAACUGGACUUCACUCACCCCAAACAAUAUGUCUACAUUAAUGUGUUCCUAGAUAUGGCGUUACAGAAGAAGAAAAAAGUGGAUCCAUUUGCAAGCUCUGUUCUUCUUCCAUAUCGCUUUUCAGAUGAAACGAAUAAGGUCUUGGUUUUCACAGAGAAUGAGGAAGAAGCUGAAAUAGCUCGAGAGAAUGGAGCUGCUGUUGUGGGAGGAGUUGAAUUAAUCAAAUGGAUUUUGGAAGAUGAAAUCAAAGUGGACUUCUAUGUAGCUGUUCCUGCGAUAAUGCCUAAGCUAAUACCAUUAAGGAACAAACUAAAACGAAAAUAUCCAAGCACAAAAAGAAAUUCCCUGGGACAUGAUAUUCCCAAAAUGCUGCAAUUCUUCAGAGACUGUCUUGAAUACACGGUAGAAGAUGAGCGCGUAAUCAAGACAAGAAUAGCAAGACUGGAUAUGCCUGCUGAGCAGAUAAUUGCCAAUCUAAAAACAGUUAUCAAUGAUAUCUGCACAUUCAAGCCAUCGACUUAUGGUCCUCUUGUGCAGAAGUUGGUUAUUAGAUCUUCAACCAGUGAAGGCUUGCUAUUGAACCUUGAUGGAAUUCUGCCUCAGGUGGAGAAAGAGGAAGAAGAAAAAAAGGCAGAAGAUGAUGAAGAAAAACAUGUCCAAGAACCUGUUAGUACCUGAUGUCCUUCCUUGUGGAUCUGAUGAUCAAGCUUGGAAAGCAAAUGGUGUCAUUCAAACCAUACUUUUUGAAAAGAAAUAAUAAAUCGAACUUGUGAAUUUCACCUGUAAAUUCUGUGUAAUGGGAAACAUUGUCACAAACAGGAUACUGUUGUUGAGACUGAAGACACUCUCAACUCCUUUUGUUGGUAGCUGAAAGCGGCCUAGUUUUGUGU